AUAUAUACAUAUGUAUAUAUGUAUUUAUCAAUUACACAGUCAGAGAUCAGAGUGCUAGAAAAUAAUAUUUUUAAUUAAGAAGAUAUAUGAAACUAUCAUAUCUGUGACAGUUUCAUUUGUUCUGUUCAUCAUGUCGCAAGUUAAAAUGUACAUCGUGACGACGACAACGUUGAUUUUCACGAUCUACUUAACAAUCGUCGCUCAGGAAACUACCACUGUUAAAAGUGACAAUUUAUCAAUGGAGAAUUUGGAGUAUCGGGCAGUGACAAAAUUUCUUCAUUUGAAAGGGAAAACUCCUGCGGAAAUCCAAGCUGAAUUAAAAUCAGUGUAUGGAGAUGCUGCUCCUUCAUUUACAAUCGUGAAAGCUUGGGUUGAUAGUUUUGUAGAUGAUCUACAUAUUAUUACUAGGGAGGAAUGGGGCGCCAGAGCACCGAAAUCACCAGCUGACAAUCUCUCAAUAAAACCCGCGCCUUACGUGAUCAUUCAUCAUUCGACUGGUUCUAGUUGCAAUACCAAAGUUGCGUGCCAGUUGAAAAUGAAAGGAAUACAGAACUAUCAUAUGGACAAUAAAAAUUGGUUCGAUAUUGGCUAUAAUUUCAUGGUCGGAGAAGACGGAAACAUUUACGAAGGCCGCGGCUGGGGCAAAAAGGGUGCUCAUUCUAUACCUUUCAACAACAAGAGCAUUGGAAUAUGUAUCAUUGGAGACUACCGCUCUCGAACACCACACGUAGCUGCGGUAGAAGCAAUAAGUAAACUGAUCGCUUAUGGAGUGGAUAAUAAUGAAAUAAAAAGUGAUUACAAGCUUCUUGGACAUCGACAAACCUGGUCAACUAACUGUCCUGGAGAUGAUCUUUACGCAAUGAUACAAUCAUGGCCUCAUUGGACAAAAAAGGCCAAAUAAAUAACAAUUAAUAAAAUAAAUAAAUUAC